CGCCAGGGGCUUCGGACCCUCGGGUGGGCUUGCCGGAUGGCAUCCCGGACCCCUGAUUGCAGAUACAUAGCACGGGAUUUCGGUUCAAGUGUGCCCUUGCAUUGUUAGGGCCACAGAGCAAAAAGUUGUUUGUCCGGAAUUCGGAUUUUCCUGGGCGUCCUCUAUUUGCCAAAUCUGGAACCUUAGGGGGAGGGACGGACCGUAACCCCUUCUCCCACGUGGACCCUCAGCCGGUUCCCUCCUCCCACACGGGUCCUUUCCGCCGGAUCCCCACCUUGGGGCCCCCUCGUGGCAACCACCCCUCCACGCAGAAACCCGUUCGCUCGCGCCGCGGGACUCUGGCGGCCCCUUCCCACGCGUGCGUCCCGGGGUUCUGAUCCUGUUGUCCGAGCGGGGGCUGAAGGGAGGUCGGGCCUGCAGACAGCUGCAAUUUCCUAUUUCAGAUUGAAGAUCCAGGAUGCUUCUGGGUUAUUAUAAAAGGAUGUAGUCCCUUUUUAGAUCAUGAAGUUGAUUAUCAAAAACUAAAUAGUGCCAUGAAUGACUUCUAUAAUAGCAUGUGUCAAGAUAUAGAAACAAAGCCGUUAAUGUUGGAAGAGGGGCAGGUGUGUGUGGUUUACUGCCAGGAACUGAAGUGCUGGUGCAGGGCUGUCAUUAAGUCGCUGGUGUCUUUGGCGGACCAUCACCUGGCGGAGUGCUUCCUGGUGGACUUUGCCAAGUACAUCCCAGUGAAAUCUAAAAACAUCCGAGUUGCAGUAGAAACUUUUAUGCAGCUUCCCUACCGUGCGAAAAAAUUCAGACUGUACUGCACGAAACCUGUUACGUUACACAUUGACUUCUGCAAAGAUAGCGCUGAAAUUGUACCUGCCAAGAAGUGGGACAGUGCAGCUAUUCAGUACUUUCAGAACAUCCUGAAAGCAACUACCCAGGUGGAAGCCAAAUUGUGCGCCGUGGAAGAAGAUACUUUUGAGGUCUACCUUUACGUAACCAUAAAAAACGAGAAAGUCUGUGUUAAUGAUGAUCUGGUUGCGAAGAACUUUGCUCGUUACAUAUCACCCAAGGAGAAUAAAAACCUUCAUUCUGUAGAGAAACCACGAUUGAAUAGAAAGUCUGCAUCCUUUUCCAGUAAACUCAAUCCAGCGCUUACUCUUUGGCCAAUGUUUUUGCAAGGAAAAGAUUCUCAGGGAAUGGAAAAUUCACAUGGUUUAACUUUUCUGGCUCAGUCUCUUCAGCAUCCAUGGCCCAAGGGUGUUGUUGGUGACCUUGGGCCAACUGCUGUGAUCCUGGAUAAAAGUGUAAAAUGUAAUAUGGAUUCAUUGAGAGGUUCACCUAAAAAAAAAUCUGAAAUGAAACAACAGCGCAUCUCUUUGAAAGAUAUAAAUAAGUGUGCUGAAUCUUCAGCGUACUGGCCAACGAAGAGGGGAAUAACCAUAUACGCUGAGCCAGAUACACCGGCAGCAAGCACUUUAUGUCAGAAGCCAAGUAAGAAGCCACUCAGGUUGGCCGAGAAGAAAGAACACAAUGAGAAGAAUGGCUGUGUGAAAUUACUGCAGUUUUUAAAUCCUGAUCCUUUGAGAACUGAUGGAAUCUCUGAUCUUCAGAAGCUGCAGAAGCUUUGGUCGGGGUCCCCGCAGCCGUUUGCUGUGCUCCGGAACAAGAUCGAGCCUUGCUUGUCGGUUGACACAUCGCCACUUUCGGCUGACAUGAAAAAGGCUCUCCAGAGAAACAAGUUUCCGGGACCUAGCCACACUGAAUCCUACUCUUGGCCUCCCAUAGCGAGGGGCUGUGACGUGGUGGUCAUUUCUCACUGCGGAAAUGACCCUCUGCUGUACCUUCCGCCACUCCUUACGAUUCUGCAAACGGGGGGCUGCUACAAGUCUUUGCCGAGCAGAAACGGACCCCUGGCAGUCAUCGUGUGCCCUGGGUGGAAAAAGGCCCAGUUGAUUUUUGAAUUACUGGGGAACUAUGGCAUGUCCCCCAGGCCUCUUCACCCAGUGCUGUUAACAAUCGGACUCCACAAAGAUGAAGCCAAAAACAUGAAGCUUCCAAGGGCUUGUGAUAUAAUUGUGACGACACCGCACAGCCUCCUGAGACUUCUCCAGUAUCAGAGCUUGUUAUUUCUCAGGCUCUGUCACCUCAUUUUGGAUGAGGUGGAAGUAUUAUUCUUUGAAGCUAACGAAGAAAUGUUCGCUAUAUUAGAUAACUUCAAAAAAAACAUUGAUGUUGAAGAAAGGGAAUCUGCACCACAUCAGAUUGUUGCCGUUGGAGUUCAUUGGAGCAGACAUAUAGAACAGUUGAUGAAAGAGUUCAUGAAUGACCCCUACGUUGUGGUCACGGCCAUGGAAGAGGCUGCUCUCUAUGGCAGCGUCCAGCAGGUAGUGCACCUUUGCCUGGAAUGUGAAAAAACCUCUACUUUACUCCAGACUCUAGAUUUCAUUCCAAGUCAAGCACAAAAGACCUUGAUCUUCACCAGUUCUGUAGCUGAAACAGAAAUCGUGUGUAAGGUAGUAGAAAGCAGUUCAAUAUUUUGCUUGAAAAUGCAUAAAGAAACGGUUUUUAAUUUAAAAAGUGUUUUAGAACAGUGGAAGAAGAAGUUAAGUUCUGGCUCUCACGUUGUAUUAGCCUUAACUGACGACUGCAUACCGCUCUUGACCAUCACCGAUGCCACGUGCGUGAUUCACUUCAGCUUCCCUUCCUCACCAAAGAUUUUUGGUGGGCGUCUGUAUUGCAUGUCUGACCAUUUUCAGAGUCCAACCGAACAGGGUUCUCCUGCAGAACAGGGAGAUAAGAAAACCAAAUCUGUCUUGCUGCUGACGGAGAGAAAUGCGUGCCACGCGGUCGGGGUCCUGCGCUACCUGGAGCGGGCCAAUGCCAAGAUUCCCGUGGAGCUGUAUGAGUUUACUGCGGGGGUUCUGGAAGCCAAAGAAGAUAAGAAAGCCCGAAGGCCUCUUUGUCCGUAUCUUAAGUCUUUUGGUUUUUGCAAAGACAAAAGGAUCUGUCCUGAUCGACACCAUAUUAAUCCAGAAAUAGACAUGCCAAGGAGAUUAUCCAACCAAACUCUACCAACAUUUGGAUACAUCAAAAUAAUACCCUUUUAUAUUUUGAAUGCAACGCAUUACUUUGGCCGUAUAGUUGAUAAGCACGUGGAUCUUUAUGCAACCCUUAAUGCUGAAAUGAACGAGUAUUUUAAGGGUAACAGCAAUAACACAGCUGUUGAAAAGGUGGAAAAAUUUGGAUUAUAUGGAUUAGCAGAAAAAACACUUUUUCACAGGGUUGAGGUGUUGGAGAUGAGCCAAAAAGCAGACAGCUGGGGCCCGGACAGCGUCCUCGUCAAGUUUAUAGACGAAGGCCGGACUGGACUCGUCACGAGACACCAAUUGCUGCCUCUCCCAGAAAAUUUCCACGCUCUGCCCCCGCAGGCGGUGGAGUUCAUUGUUUGCAGAGUGAAACCCGCUGACAACGAAGUUGAAUGGAACCCAAAGAUCACUAGGUACAUUCAUCAUAAAAUCAUUGGGAAAUUGCAUGAUGCGAAAGUGAUACUGGCUUUAGGAAACACAGUGUGGGUCGACCCAAUGGUGCACAUUACAAAACUGUCAAAUCUGAAAACUUCCGUCAUUGAUUAUAACGUUCGUGCUGAAAUUCUGUCAAUGGGAAUGGGCAUUGACAACUCAGAGCAUAUGGAAUGCCUGAAGACGUUACAGGAAGGAGCUAAAACACCACCUGGUGAAGAAAGCUUAAGCCAAACCCCGGCGCCUUCUUCAGCAGAAGAUGCUGCUUGUCUGCAGAGCACGCGGCAAGAGGACAGGGGCUCGGGAGGAGGUGCUGACCCCGAGACAAAGCCAGAAAGCCAAAAGCAUGAAACUCUACCUGAAAACACGAGAGACUCUUCCCUUAACAAAACCACAGAACCUCUGCAAAGCUUCCACCCACAAAUCAGAUGGUUCCAAAAAGACGACGUGGUCAUACUGAAGAUAAGAAUAAGGAAUGUAAAGGAUUACAACUGUAAAUAUUUCAGAGAUAGAGUCGUGUUCAGUGCCUGGGCGGGAGAGAAAUUUUACGUGGCUGAUAUGGAGCUGCAGGCUAACAUAGUAAGAGACGGCUGCAAAUGCACGAUUACAGACGAGGAACCUGUCAUCACUCUCGCGAAGGAGAGAAAGGAGCCUUGGGGCAGCUUACUCAAACAGAGGAAUCCUAAUGUGGCUUUUGAUUUCGAUCACUGGGAAGAACGUGAAGAAGAGGAGAGCCCCUUCCCCAAGGUUGUGAAUUGUAAAAACCUGCCCUUGAAGGUGGCAGAGGUGGCUGAGAGCAGUGACGGGACAUCGGAGGAUGACGGAAGCGAGAGUGAAUGAGCAGAGUCAGACCCAGAAGGGUGGCCGGAACCGCACAGAGAUGGACACACCGUGUGGCUGGGAUUUCAGGAGACAAGCCGUCACGGCCAACCUGUCCUUGACUCAAGGAUAAAUUAGGACCUAGUGUCAUCCUGUGCAUUGGGAUUGGGUGUUGACAUUGAAAUGUACUACCUGAAGUCCUGGAUAACAUCUUGUAGGAUGUAGGCACCGACUUGUGAAAUGUAAACAAUGACCAGUUGUUUUUGUUCUAUUAAUACAUAUUGAUUUCACGUUUGGGGAAGAUUUCCGAAAUGCAAAGUGAAAGUGCUUUUGUCUCUAUGUUCUAAAAUUGCUCUCAUACUUAGUCGUGGUGUGAAUAUUUUUUGUAGUAUAUCAAUAAAAUUUCAGCGUUUUCACAGAAA